AUGACGACUACAAACGCGAUAACGGUGGGCGCCACUGAUAUUGAGGACCAGAGGGCGUCCUUCUCCAAUUACGGGAAGUGCGUUGACCUGUUUGCUCCCGGCGUGGACUUCCCCAGCUUGUGGAUGGGUGGAGACUUCGCAGUCAACACCAUCAGUGGAACCUCCAUGUCCUGUCCACACGUCAGUGGAGCUGCAGUGAUAGCCCGCAGCAACGAUCCAACGUUGGAAGCGGCUGAAGUGAAGGCUAAGAUUCUGAAGGACGCCACACCUGACGUAGUCAAGAAUCCUGGCCCAGAAUCUCCCAAUCUCAUGCUGUACAUCCCGUAGUUGACAGCACGAUCGCAAGACGGCAGCUUCUACUGCGGUAAUCAGAGUUAAUUUUAGAACAGACCAACAAAUAAAAGACAGAAUUACCACAUUGUAUUG